AUGUCUUUCUGGCAAUGUUGUUGUCCAAAUCCCCUAGAGGAAGAGGUAGGUGUCUCCCUCCAAAACGUGCAGCCAAGAGGUACAAACAAGAUUGCACAACACACUUUAGAUUCGCAACACCCACAAUGCUCUGCCAGACAGCUAACCCGGAUCUUGGAGUCCUUAUAAAAGCCCUAUCUGCUUUCCUGUCAUCUCAUGAACAUUGAAACAAAAUAAUACAUAAAUAUAUACACGCAAAACAAGAACUAACAAAAACACACUUUCAUUUGAGCAGUUAACCCUGUCAGUCCUGAGACUAACUUCUGAGGUGAGACAGAUCCAACCCCUGUGCCCAGGGGGCAAUCACAUGAGGCGCUCCUAGACAGACACCGAUAAUGGCCACUAGUGAUAGGGGUAUCUCGGCACCAGGUACGUACGUCCCACGUUAUGAAAGAGAGACGCAGGGUUUACGCACGGUGGUUAUCAUACUGGUGACAGAUUGCCAGACAGACACCGAUAAUGGCCACUAGUGAUAGGGGUAUCUCGGCACCAGGUACGUACAUCCCACGUUAUGAAAGAGACGCAGGGUUUACGCACGGUGGUUAUCUUACUGGUGACAGAUUGCCAGACAGACCUCGAUAAUGGCCACUAGUGAUUGGGGUAUCUCUGCACCAGGUACGUACAUCCCACGUUAUGAAAGAGACGCAGGGUUUACGCACGGUGGUUGUCAUACUGGUGACAGAUUGCCAGACAGACACCGAUAAUGGCCACUAGUGAUAGGGGUAUCUCUGCACCAGGUACGUACAUCCCACGUUAUGAAAGAGAGACGCAGGGUUUACUCACGGUGGUUAUCAUACUGGUGACAGAUUGCUAGACAGACACCGAUAAUGGCCACUAGUGAUAGGGGUAUCUCUGCACCAGGUACGUAUGUCCCACGUUAUGAAAGAGACGCAGGGUUUAUGCACGGUGGUUGUCAGACUGGUGACAGAUUGCCAGACAGACCUCGAUAAUGGCCACUAGUGAUAGGGGUAUCUCGGCACCAGGUACGUACAUCCCACGUUAUGAAAGAGACGCAGGGUUUACGCAUGGUGGUUAUCAUACUGGUGACAGAUUGCCAGACAGACACCGAUAAUGGCCACUAGUGAUAGGGGUAUCUCUGCACCAGGUACGUACAUCCCACGUUAUGAAAGAGAGACGCAGGGUUUACGCACGGUGGUUCUCAUACUGGUGACAGAUUGCUAGACAGACACCGAUAAUGGCCACUAGUGAUAGGGGUAUCGCUGCACCGGGUACGUACAUCCCACGUUAUGAAAGAGACGCAGUGUUUACGCACGGUGGUUGUCAUACUGGUGACAGAUUGCCAGACAGACCUCGAUAAUGGCCACUAGUGAUAGGGGUAUCUCGGCACCAGGUACGUACCUCCCACGUUAUGAAAGAGAGACGCAGGGUUUACGCACGGUGGUUAUCAUACUGGUGACAGAUUGCCAGACAGACACCGAUAAUGGCCACCAGUGAUAGGGGUAUCUCGGCACCAGGUACGUACGUCCCACGUUAUGAAAGAGAGACGCAGGGUUUACGCACGGUGGUUAUCAUACUGGUGACAGAUUUCCAGACAGACACCUAUAAUGGCCACUAGUGAUAGGGUUAUCUCGGCACCAGGUACGUACGUCCCACGUUAUGAAAGAGACGCAGGGUUUACGCACGGUGGUUAUCAUACUGGUGACAGAUUGCCAGACAGACACCGACUCAUGCGCAAUGUGUACAAUCUCGUUCUGAUUUUGGAGAUUAUUCAUGAAAAGUGAGAUAUGAGAAAAAUCCUCCCAAUCCAUACACAUUACAUUUAUGUGAUGCAAUAAUAUCGUCCCAAACCCAUUUACAUAGAAUACUGGAUAGCCAAUCGUAUUCUCUGAAAUCAUUUACAUUCAAUACUGGACAGCCAAUCACAUCAUCCCAAAUUUAUUAACAUACAAUGUGGGACAACCAAUCAUAUCGUCUCAAACCCAUUUACAUAGAAUCAUAUUGUCCCAAACAUUCAAUAUUGGGCAGCCAGCCAAUCAUAUCGUCCAAAAUUAUUUACAUAUAAUACUGGCCAGCCAAUCACAUUUCCCCUAGCCUGUUUACAUAUAUAUUACAGAGCUAUGGUGUCUGUAUUUCUCCAAAAACACUGUAAUGUACGAUACGGUAAUAGCCCCGGGAAGAAUGUUUUGGUUACGCCAAUUCUGAGAUGUAAUAUGGGUUCCUGGGGAGCAUUUGGAGGGCCCGUGCUCCACCCCAUACUUUACAUGCAGCACAGCAGGUGAGGAAUCCAGUCCGGGAGUUCUGGAUCUCACAGGUAGACCCUCACCUGUUUGCUGUGAGCAGCACAAAGCGGCUAUAAAAUGUCAGAGAGUGAGACUCUCCAAAGAGACUGCUGAGAAAACCACCUUUUAAAAUGGUCUGAUCUAAAUUUUCUAUUUUGUUGGCAGCGUGUAAGCUAUAACUAUAGUUAUUUGUGAAUAUCAGUUAGUGCUCAAAGCCCAAGUCUUUUCUUUUAUUGCUUUAUUUAAAUUAUUUGGUUGCCAGAUCUAAUAAUAAAAAGACUUUGCUUUCUAAAGAGAUACAAACGUGUGCGGUUUUCAGCCCAAACCAUUUCGGCUUAUUGAAGUGGUAUGGGUGCCAACUCCCAUCACCCUUAACUCUGAGCAUGUAGUUAUUGCACUUUUUAAUAAACUGCAAUAAUUACCUGCUAGGGUUAACUCCUCCUCUAGUGGCCGUCUAGCAGACAACCACUGAGGGACUUCCGGACAAUUUUUGGAAACCUAAAUGGUCACGCUAUGCAUGAGGACUUCCAGCGUCAUCAGAAUCCCCAUAGGGUAAACCCUAAUGCAAGCGCGGACAUUGCCACGCAUGCGGUCUUUCCCACCGACUGACGUCUGCUGGGGAGGAGUGAAGGUGGACCCGAGUCCGCGCCAAGGGACAUCGGCGCUGGACCCAGGUAAGUGACAGAAGGGGUUAUUAUUUUCCUGGCACUAUUGUUUCCCUUUAAGACUGUGUGAUAUGGUUCCAGGUGACAUAUACCAUACUGGACAACCAAUCGUAUCAUCCCAAAACCAUUUACAUACCAUACUGGACAGCCAAUCACAUCAUCCCAAAACCAUUUACAUACCAUACUGGACAGCCAAUCACAUCAUCCCAAAACCAUUUACAUACCAUACUGGAUGGCCAAUCACAUCAUCCCAAAACCAUUUACAUACCAUACUGGACGGCCAAUCACAUCAUCCCAAAACCAUUUACAUACCAUACUGGACGGCAUCAUCCCAAAACCAUUUACAUACCAUACUGGACAGCCAAUCACAUCAUCCCAAAACCAUUUACAUACCAUACUGGACGGCCAAUCACAUCAUCCCAAAACCAUUUACAUACCAUACUGGACGGCCAAUCACAUCAUCCCAAAACCAUUUACAUACCAUACUGGACGGCCAAUCACAUCAUCCCAAAACCAUUUACAUACCAUACUGGACGGCCAAUCGCAUCAUCCCAAAACCAUUUACAUUAAAUAUGAACCGGUCAUCACUUGCAAUAAUGUUUAUUAGAGGACGCCAUAUAUUAAACGAUCUCCGACCAGACAUGCACCACAUGUAUGUAGGAAGAUGUUAAGUCUGAAUAUCUACCGAUAAUUGCAUUUUAUGUUUUAUAGAGAAAGCCUUUUGCACGAUCACAGAAGAAUGCAAAGCAAGUGAAGGGUAAGACAUUUCUUUUUAAUAUGAAAAAUGAACAAAUCUGCGAUAAAUAAGACCCUAGAACACGCUGCUUCCUGGAACCUCAGUGGUUAAACCGUCUAAGGAAAUUACAUUCUGCUCCUAUAAUAAGAAGUCUGAUUGUCACAUUCCUCUCUAUUUAUUUUGGUUUAAAGACGUUAUCUCGGCUUCGAAGGUAAAGCUGAUUCUCCACUUAUUUAUCUUCUAGAAUAAAAUCCUUGGUGAUGAAUAAAGGGUCCAGAAGGAGAAUAAUUCUAGUCUUUUUAUGAGAAAUGUCACCAGGUGCCAGAUGGAGUAGGUUAGAGAGAUCUGUGUGGUGUUCAGUCACAGAUCCCCUGAUCCCCUUAUUUUCACCCUGCUCAGUCACUGAGUGGACAUCGGAGAAAUCUGUGGCGUUGUCUGGGGGUUCGUCCCAGAGCGGAUUGUUCUAGGCAUAACAGAAUCGCGUACCUAGGAUGGCUGUGCACAGGGACAAUUUGCUGAUGUCCCCAGCUGUGGGACAUGAAGGUACUAAGUCUGGACAACAUGACAACCCCAAAAUCAGGACUGUCCCACAUAAACUGCAGCAAUGUACCUAAAUACAGGUGGAAAAGUUGCUCAUUAUGUUUCAAUAAGUGUUUCAGGUGGAUAUUCCAGGUCUUUACCGAUAAAGCAAACAAUAUAUGCAAAUAUUUAAAUUGAAUUUGCAAACGAUACUUACAUUUGCAGUUCGUGUUUUUGCUGCAGAACCCUUAGGACAGGAGUUCUCAUUGUUAGUCCUCAGGAACCCCUACCAGUCCAGGAUUUGGGGAUUACCUGGGUGUGUCUCAGGUGUUUAGAAAAAGGAAAAAAACACCUUAGACUCUUUUUCUAUUUCUAAACACCUUAGACACACCCAGGUAAUCCCUAAACCCUGGACUGGUAAGGGGUCCUGAGGACUAACGUUGAGAACCCCUGCCUUACGAUGUGCGGCCUUUAAAGUGAGCUAUCAGCAGUUAGUGACUCGGUCAAUGAUUUUACUCUCAUUGUACAGAGCUGGAUUACAACUCCCAGAAAUCAAAAUUCUAAAUUCACGUAAAUCAGUAUUAAUUCAGCAAAACGCAAACACUACAGGUUGGGAGUGAGUGGUGGAGAGGGUGGGUUUCUAGAGUAAACUAAAUUAUUUAUUUAUAUUUUAACUAAAUAAGAUUAAAACCUAAACAUAUCGUCUAGAUGGAAAGCGCGCCUGUAGCAUCCGUUUGUGGGGUUUGCAGAAACAGAAAUGAUCCAGAGGUUUUUAUUUUUGUUCCAGUUCUAACGAAAGGGGAAAAGCUGGUUGUGAAACACGUCAAUGUGCCUGAAUUAGACAGAAAGUUUUCCGUCAUCGCUGAACUGUACAAUGACCAGGUGGAGAGUCAAGAGAUCCUGACAUACUGUGCGUCCACAUUGAAAGUGAGGGGUUGUGCGUCCAGUCUUACCGAAUGCAUACAGACACUACAGGAAACGAACA